CUGGGUUUCGGUCUGCUGAACAUGCCCCCGUACGUGAUGAUCGCCCGUUACUUCGACCGGCGACUUUCCCUCGCUAUCGGACUGGGCUCCAUGGAUUCAGGACUGGGAACGCUUAUCUUCAACCCCAUGUCUAAGUAUAAAGUAUGAUCCUUCACGGACUGGCCUGCUCGCUCGUCCUGCGUCCGCUCAACCACACAGCUCGUGAACCAGACAAACACGGGCAAAGGCAAACAAUUCCAGACACUGAGCUAGAUAUAACACGGGAUUUGGAUAAUGGAGAUAGUGUUGAAAUUAAAUCAUUUCAACAAAAUGUUUCUUUGAAGUUAAUAUCAAAUUCAAAUCUCGACAAGACGGUCUUAGAAACCAAGUUGCUGGAAAAACAAGGUAUCGAGGAAGAUGAUACAAACACAUGUACUGAAAUGAUUGAAAUUAUUCCCGCAAAGUCAUUUCUACAGAUUAACCAAAAGCGUGCUUUUACCGAAGAAGUGCAACGCAACUACACGGGACAGAAACGGUGGUUCAGUAUCGCGCCCUUACGCAACCCGGGCUUUGUUAUAUUGAUUGUCUCCAACUUGCUAAUAGAACUGGCACAGAAUGUCCCCUUCGCGUAUUUGCCCUAUAUGAUGGUCGAUAAAGGGUUCCCGAAGCAGGAUACAGUUACUGUGAUCUUCUUUAUCAGUCUCCUCAGCACGAUAGCGCGUGCUGUUAUUGGCUUGAUAGCGGACCGGAAAUGGUUCAGUCGGGCGCGCCUGUGCAGCCUCGUGCUUGUCAUCAAUGGCGUGCUGAUCACCAUGGCGCCAUUCUGCGCCAGCCGCACCGCCUUCUUGACGUUCGGAAUCCUCUUUGGAUUAUCCGCCGGAAGCGCAAGCUCGCUGCAUUGCCCCCUGGUACCAAACCUGUUUGGCGUGGCGCAGAUAGCGGACUUCAGCGGCAUAAACAUGUUCUUCAGCGCCGUCGCGGCCUUCACCGGCCUUCCCGCUGCAGGUGGGGAGACACACGUGCUAGUAUGAAGACGUCUUCUUGGCUUUAAAUACAGGCAUCCAGCCGUUCAUGGGCCCAUCCAUUCAUGCGUCGAUACAUCAAUCCGUUCAUAAGACAUUGCGUCCAUGCGUCCAUGUACCCAUGCCUCCAUCCUCCAAACCGCUCAUAUAAGUAUCUCUCUUUUCAUUCAACCAGGCUUGCGCAUGCCCAUACAUCAAUGCGUCAUUGUAACCAUGUAUUAUUGUGUCCAUCCAUGUUGCAAGGUGAUUUAGUACACGGCUUUCAUCAGCCGAUCAACCAAAGACAAGAAAACGUGUUAUCAUGUAUUCCACACUCUAGAAGAAAGGCGAAGUGAUGUGAUAGACUCCGAGUAGCAGCUGUAUAGGACCAUGGUAUAUAUACUCGAGCGUUUGCGGGUCUAUCUGCUUCGACCACAGACAAAAACAGGUUUGGUAAACCGUCUUAGAAAACACAUACGACGGCCUUUCUAAACGAGUAUAUAAGUUUUAUAUCUCGAUGACAAACUAAUAAUUGAACUAGCACUGUUUUUAAAAGCAUUUGUGUCAUAAAAUUUUAGACACCGCAACGCCAUUUAUAAUACUAAUACUACUACCAUAAGUACCUUAUUUCAAACAAAUGGUAACGUCAUUGCGAUAUGGCUAUUAUGUUACCACACUUUAUUUACAUCCAUUCGGUAGCAUUAGAAGUCUGAAAAUAUUCUACGACGCGUUGACGAUUCUGUUAUAAACCUACAUUGUAAACAUACUAUAACCAAUGUAAGUAAUUAUCUAUACUUAAGUUCUUUAUAUUGGUCGAAACCUUCAAACCUGGAUGAGAUGAUCAUUAAUUGUAAAUACACACGUGUUUCCCAUCCAGAAGCACGUCUUAGCCCUUCACAUACAAACAUACCACUGGAGUGCACUGGAAAGGGGUGGACUUCGUUGAUGAAUGCUAUACAUGAAACCUGCAUGAUCGUUGAAUGGUUAGUCCAUUCAUACUUUAAGUUCUGAUAAGGUUCUUGGAAUAUUAAUUUAUUAUCAAUAAUCACAUUAACCAAGCAAGGGUUGGUACCAGCGUGUGUGUUUUUUUUAAUUGGCAACUUUUCCAACCUACAAUGGCAACACAUCGUUACUACUAAAAUAUACAUCAAUAAUCUUUCUUAAAUAUACAAUAUACUGUAAGAUAAGAGAUUCUGCCAUAAUAUUGCUAAUGCAACAUCAGCAAAUAGACGAGCAUUGACAUGACCAAAAUAUAUAAACAAUAUAUGGAGUAUAGGUAACACUACAAAGAUACAUUCAAACGUUUACUAUGUAACUACAUGUACUGUCCAUUCCGUGAUCGUCA